GCUGACCUCCCUCCCUACGACACCCGCGGAAACACCAUCAUCAAUUUGGCGACCUUGCGAUGCCCGCAUCAUCAAUUUGACCCCGGAUUCGCGGUCGCAUAGCCGCUGGCUUUCGUUUGAUGCAAUUCACGAGCACCCUUGCGCGUUGCGCGUUGCUCUUUCGUUGCACGCGACGCAUCCACCUCCCCCGUCCCUAAUCCACCAUGCCCGACAUCGACCCCGCGGCCUUGAGCCGUCCCGCCGUCACGCUCUCGACCCCCGUCCUCUCCACCAAGACGCUCUCCAUCAAUGCGACCGGCUCAGCGAAGAUUACGAAGACGAGUCAGAUCAUUCCCGCCCGGAUCGAUCUCGAACCGCUCUACACCGCGCUGAAGUCGGCGAUAAGCAGCGACCAGUGGCUGAUAUACAAGGAGGCUACAGCCGAGUUCCUCACUGGGCGUCUGAGCCAAACCGAAUACUCAGAACGAAUUGACCCGAUACUUUCUGGCGACAAUGGCGAAAAAGACCAUCUGCACAACCAGCUCAUCGCGGCCAUCUACGGCAAUGUCACACGCGAGAUGCCCGAUCAGGGCAUCGCGCCCUGGGUCAGCGCCAACGACAAGCCUGUGGCAACCACCGGAAGCAAACCUGUCACCGGCGAUGCGGCCGAGCGUCGGCUGAAAGGGGACGUGAUGCAACUGCCUGCAAGGGAUCGCAGGCGCAUCAAGGAUUUGGUGCAUAACGAUUAUGACCCCCACGAGAAUUUGUCCAAUUUAUUUGCCGACACGCAUCGUCGCCCGUCCGCGCCUACGGAUGCCCCCGCUAGCGCUGCUGGGGGCAUCAAUAAAAUGAACUUUGACUUGGAGAUUCGAAAACGAUUUGCACCACCAUUGGCGGUCGAGUCCGGCGAAUUCCCUGAUGUCGGCAUGAUAGCCGGACGCAUGCUGCCGUUCUGCUACGAGGCCGGUUUAGCAAGCGGACAUGUUACCGAUGCCCCACAGCUCAUGUCUGUGGCUGCUGAGGCAUACAUCAAGGAGAUUUUGACCCAAAUAUUCAGCCGAACGCGCAGCAAUGGCCCAGGCGACUCUGGCAGUGCCGGCUUUGGUAUCGGCACUACGUGGAUCCAGACUCGAAAGUACCGCAAGCAGCUGAGUCACGAAGAAGAUGCGGCCCAACGAGGCGAGAUAACUCGAGACAAGAGCGGCAUGUUACCCGUCGAGGCCAAAGCAGCGAGCGAGCGCGGGCCGCUUGCCAUGGGCGACAUGCGUCUGGCGCUUGAGAUGGCGGACACCGGCAUGGCUCAGUUUCCAGUUUUGAUGACGCAAGUUUUGUACGGCUAUCGCGAGGGCGAGUUGGAGAACUGGACCGACUACAGCUGGGUCAAUGGCCAGACGCCGGUCAUCGAGGAGCUGCCAGACACGAAAGAUGGUCAAGCGCUGCCUAAUGGGCACCCUGACAACAUGGAUAUCGACAACGAGGUGUGGUGGGACGGAGGCGAAGUAAAAGACGUCGACAUGUUGGAUGGCAUCCUGGAUACGUGUCUCACAGUCGGCUCAUGAAGAAGACGCUAUCCGAGUGAAGCCGUCGACACUGUGAAGUACCGCAAAGGUCAGGGGUUUCGUCUGCGUCACUACUCCACGCAUGGAUCGUGGAAGACAACGGCUGCUGCGGAGCCAAUCCAUGGCAGCAAGAAUUGUCAAGCAAGCGAAUCAUUUCAGCAGGGCUCGUCCUCGCAACGGGAAGAUUUUAGGAUUCGGGGGCGCCACGGGCCGCGGAGCUGGGGAGCAUUUGUUGCAUGGCAUUCGUGAUUUGGCGCAGAGGACAUUGGUUGGUUUUGCCUUGCUUGAUACUUUCACGCCUUUCGGGAUUGAAGGGAAAAUUCGUUUGGCGUUGUUGGGGAUCUUGGGUACGAUAACGCGGGGCAGGGGCGCGUGGAGUGAGGAAGGGUAGGCGGCGGCUGUACUUUUAUACUUGACGAUACCCGCGGGGCUCUCGGGGAACAGCUCGAACGGCAACGCUGAUGGUGGCUGGGGCUCUCAGAGGUAGAGCAAGGUAGCGGCGAAUAUCACAGUUUUGUUGUAAC